CAGCGUCUUCUCGAUCUCCCAUACUCCAUACCUCCGUCUCGCAUGCAUCCCAUCUCGCCUCCCGUGUGCCUGUUGUCUCGCUGUCUCGUGUGUUGUCUUGCCCCGUCGCGCGCCCGCCAGAAUUACUGCGACCUCUCGCCUCGUACGUCCUCUGUCUCGUCAACUCAUUGGCCUCUAGUCUCGUCGUCUCGUUUCGCCAAUGCCCGCUCUCGUGUGAUGCUCUCGACGGUGCCGGCCGCAGCAACGUGUGCGCCUUCGCCUCCGUGUCGAAGACAGACGUCGGAGCGAUGUUUGUGCCUCUGGACAGUACCUCCCUCUCGACUCUCUGUCUCGCAUGCAUCCCGUCUCACGUUCACCGUGCCUGACAUCUCGCUGUUUUGUGUGUUGUCUUGCCUCGCCGUGCACCCGCCGUCACUGCGGCCUCUUGUCUCGUACGUCCUCCGUCUCAUUGGCCUCUAGCCUCGCCGUCUCGUGAGCCCUGUCCUCUCGCCAUCUCGCUUCGCCAAUGCCCGUUCGCGCACGAUGCGCUCGAUGGCGUCGGCCGCGGCAAUGUGUGCGCCCUGCGACGGACGUCUUGAGGGUGCGCAUGUUGUUCGCGCUGGGCAUUUCCUCAUCCAGCGUGUUAGCCUGUGCGGAUAUCGGUGUCGACGCCACUGACGCAGCGUCGCUCGAGCCCUGCACGCAGGGCCACCCGGAUCUCGCUCUGGGCGUGCUCAAGGAGGUCCUGCGCCUCCCGCUGCGCACUCUGAUGCUUGCUGAUCUUGC